GAACAUUUUAGAUGAUUGAAAAUAUCGCUAGGAUUAUUUCAUAUUGACGAUGACAGAUGUUCAAUAAAUUGUGUUUGUUUCAAGGGGGAAACAUAUCGAGACGGAACCGCUUCCUUUCUGGAGCGGAUAUCCGGGCUGUAGCUUGUGUGGCUUUCCGUUUCACCAACAAUAAACAAUGAGAAUUAAAACAGAAAUGUUCGGUUUCUGUGUCAGUUCAUCUGUAAUUUACUAGUCUCUGUGUCAAUGGCUCCUUAUUAUYGCGCCGUGUGUCGGCAAACUACAUUCGCCGGGAAGGGACACAUCUUCGGGAAGAGUCACCAGAGCAGACUGAGAGUGGUUCUUCUCAAAUUCUUAGAGAAGGUGAAGGAAGCUCGUCGCACUCUUAAAAAGCCCCAAGUAGAAAAGUUUGACUGCAGCGAGCACCAGCAGAAAUUCUGGUGCUACUGYUGUGGGCUCGAAGUAKACAGAAAUGUUACAGACGGCAACAUGACUGUGCUGUACGGAGGCUUGUUAGAACACAUGGCCACACCAGAACACAGGAAGAAUACCCACAAGUUCUGGUGGGAAAAUAAAGCCGACCCCAAGCUUCGAGACAAGGUCAUCAUCACGGAGGAGGAAACUGAAAGGUUUAAAGCUGAGUUGCCACAAGUUUUGGAAUCAUUUGUGGAGAAGGAGGAUGAAUUCAUUAAACAGCAAGCUGAUCAUAUCCGGGCCCAGGAGAAGCAUCGUCAAGAGGUCCUUCAGGCUCUAAUAGAGCGUGACGCAGACCCGGAGUCGUUCAAUGGUCCCAAUGGCACAGACGUGUCUGCGGAGGAUUCUGUCAGCUCGCAGUUUACAUCUCAGGGAUCAGACCAGCAGCCAGGGAGCAGCUUCGUUGAGUCAAUGGUGAAAGCACCGCGGGCGGCAGCAGGACAUGGCCUGACUUUCAUCGGCUAUCAGGUAGAAGGACACCCAUCAUUCAGAAAGUUUCUCAUGAGUAACUGCAAACACWAUCACCUAAUUUUUUGUCUGUUACAGRAUUCAGCAAACAGUGGAAAUGUUCACACAGGUGCUGUCCCACCUUGGCUCCAGGACGAUCCUUUGGAGGGGACCUCUGGGGCUUCAGCACAUCCAGAGAUUGGCCCAUCGCUCCAAGAGUUCCUCAAACAGAAGGAGCAAGAGAAGCUGAAGAAGCUUCCACCGAACAGAGUUGGGGCCAACUUUGAUCACAGCUCACAGACAGACGCCAACUGGCUUCCCUCUUUUGGAAGAGUGUGGAACAGCGGCCGACGCUGGCAGUCCAGGCACCAAUUCAGAGAAGAAGAAGGGAAGAAGAACAGACCAAAGAGGAAGCGGCAGCAGAACUCGGAUGGGUCAAAGAAAACUAAAGCAACUGGUCAGCUGACAAACUCUGACGGCACUUAAAACUGAGUGUUCGAGUGAAGGGAUGUGUAGCAGGAUGUGAAUGAGGUUUUAUACUGGGUUUCUCUGAGAAGUUGUACCUGCCUCGGUAGACGCCUUUCUCAAAAAACAUCUUUGUAACAUACAGGCAGUCCACAUAUUUACCCAAUAGGCACUGUUGAUUGUAUUAUGUUACUGAUGAUUGUAUAUUUUGUAUAAAAAGAAGGAGCUCAUUGAAAUUAGCRUCCACAUUCUUCCACCAAGUCCAGGACUCUGAAGUUAAUUUGAAAUGUGAGCACAAUUUGAUGGUUCUGUCAAGUAAUCAGCAGGGGGCGCAAGACACCGUUCUAGGCACCUGCUGUGUGUUCAGAGAAGAGUCGACAUGAGUCUGUUGAAGGAUGUAAACAGUAAACAGACUGUGCAUUCACGUGCUCCUCGGAAAGUCCAGUUUUCCCACUUGUGAAGUCGUUGUUGUUCUGACUUCAGUGUGUUCACGUGCUUUCAAGUCAGAAUGUGGAAAUAAACAUGAACGCAGUAAACAAAAUGUUUCUCAUUAAUCCGUU